AUGGUGAAGUCAUCGAACUCAUCGUCGCGCGGUGAGAAGGUAGGGUUGAAGAAAGGGCCAUGGACUUCUGAGGAAGACCAGAAGCUCAUGGCUUACAUUCAGCAACAUGGCCAUGGAAGUUGGUUUUCCUUGCCUGCAAAAGCUGGACUCCAGAGAUGUGGGAAGAGCUGCAGACUAAGAUGGACUAAUUAUCUAAGGCCUGACAUCAAACGAGGCAAGUUCAGCUCACAGGAAGACCAAACCAUCAUUCGACUUCAUGCUUUUCUUGGAAACAGAUGGUCAGCUAUAGCACUUCACUUGCCAAAAAGAACAGACAAUGAGAUCAAGAAUCACUGGAACACCCGCCUCAAGAAGAAGCUCCUUAGAAUGGGCAUAGAUCCCACCACUCACAAACCCAUAAACGACACCGUACACGGCCACUCAGCCAACCUUAACCAUAUGGCUCAGUGGGAAACUGCCCGGCUCCAAGCUGAAACCAGACUAGUCAAAGAAUCCAAGCUGCAGCUUCAGAUCAACCGGCUCGGCUCCUCAUUCUCUUCCCAGCCUUCACCGACGACUCGACUUAAUUCACGAUCGCCAUCCAUGUCUUCAACUUCGACUACUACUCCAGAUAACAUCCCCAUGUACGCCAUGAUGCUCGCCGCCGACGACAACCUCAAGUCACCGACGUCGACAUUGUGCUUCCCGGACACCAAUUUCCUCAACCCCAACACUACUAAUGGUAAUAUGAUAACCACCUUUGGGCUUAUCAAUGAAAGCUUACUUCCUUCUUCUUCCAACUGCACCAACACUGCUGGGGAGGGUGGAGCUAUGAAAGAAGCGAACGACUACGGCAGUACUGAACCAUGGGAAAACACGGUGGGAAGCUUGGAAGUCGGCAACAUUAUGGUGGCAGUGGAAGCAUUCAGAUCAUCAAAAGGGCAUAACUGUAAUAAUAAUUCCAUGGAAGGUCUUCAAGGUGACGAUGUGUUGGUGUAUGGAAUCAAUGAGAACUGGCCACAGCAAAACCUAGGAGUCUUAAAUGAUGGGGAAGGAGAGAGCGCCAACUUUGAGGAGAAGCAUUAUUGGGAAACCAUUCUCAGCUUCGUCAAUGAUUUUCCCCGAUCACCUGCUGCUUUCCCUGAGUUGUGA